AUGUGGGUCGAUGCAAGAACCUUACAUGAGUUUUAUACCUCUCCUUUAGGCAAAAAUGUGAGUCACCUUAUUUCUGACCAGCUUCAGAAAAUUUGGCAUAACCUCUCUGGGAAAAGAGUUUUAGGCAUUGGAUACGCCCUGCCCUAUCUUGAAGAUUUCAAAGGAAAAGCAGAGCGGCGAAUUGCUCUUUUUCCAGGAAAUCUAGGCGCUAUCCACUGGCAUGCAGAAGGAAACAAAAACCGUUCUGCUCUUACUGAAGAAGCACAUUUUCCUUUAACCGACAACAGCAUCGACUGCAUCUUAAUUGUACACGCUUUAGAAUACACGCAUAUACCGCCUGUUGAGUUCCUUAAAAACAUCUGGCGCAUUCUCACUGGCUCUGGAAAGUUGAUUAUCGUUGUCCCCAAUCG